AGCGGCUGGCGGCUGCGAUGCGCAUAUGUAUGCGGUCCGCCGCCUCAGCGCAUCACAGCGAGCCGCAGCUGACAGCUUUUCCAGGUUAGUCGGGCUGGAAACGGAGCAUUCAAGGAGAGAGAACAAGACCGGCCACAUUUCCAACAACCAGCCGUCAUCAUCCGCAUCCAGCCGAGAUAUAGAGGGUUUCUCUUUGCCUUCUUUCUCCUAGGCCCCCUUACCUACUGCAUCUUUUUUUCUUUUCUCUCUCUCUCUCUCUUUUAAAGGAAUAAUGAUGUUGAUGAUAUUCUAACGCACAGAUGACAGCAUAACCAGGGCGGUGAGCUGUCAAACACCCCACUGCAGCCUCUUUGUUGAGAAGGAUCUGUAGCUACAGUCUCUGGACAUGAAUUCGGCGGAACAGACGGUUACGUGGUUGAUCACGCUCGGGGUGCUGGAGUCGCCGAAGAAGACCAUCUCGGAUCCUGAAGCCUUCCUGCAGAGCUCCCUAAAGGAUGGGGUGGUUCUCUGUAAGCUGCUGGAGCGGCUCAGCCCGGGCUCCACGGAGAAAAUUUAUCCAGAACCGAAGAACGAUGGCGAGUGUCUGAGCAACAUAAAGGAGUUUCUCAAGGGCUGCACAUCGUUCCGCGUCGAGCCGUUCGAGGCCAGUGACCUUCUGCUGGGCCUGAACUUCUCCAAGGUGCUGAUCAGUCUGGUGGCCCUGAAYAAAGUCACUGCAGAUAUCGGCGUGGGGAGUGACUCAGUGUGCGCCCGACACUCUUCCGCCCACCGCAUCAAGUCGUUUGAGUCGCUGUCUUCUCAGGCUUCACUGGGCCGAUCCUCCAAGCUGCUGCAGAACCAGUUUCGAAGUCUGGACAUGUCAGAAAACAGCGGACAGCAGCUGCUGGUGAAGGCUCGCUUCAACUUCCAGCAGACCAAUGAGGAUGAGCUCACCUUCACCAAGGGUGACAUCAUCAGCGUGACCCGUCAGGAGGAGGGCGGCUGGUGGGAGGGGAUACUCAACGGCAAGACUGGGUGGUUUCCUAGCAACUAUGUGCGUGAAGUCAAAGGCUCUGAUAAACAAGUGUCCCCCAAGUCUGGCACCCUGAAGAGUCCACCGAAAGGCUUCGAUACUUCUGUGAUCAGCAAGACGUACUAUAACCUGGUGUUGCAGAACAUCUUGGAGACGGAGACUGAGUAUUCUAAGGACCUUCAAAGCCUCCUUACAAACUAUCUGCGACCUCUUCAAAACAUUGACAAGCUGAGCAGCUCCGACGUAGCUCUGAUUCUGGGGAACCUGGAGGAGAUCAGCACCUUCCAGCAGAUGCUGGUCCAGUCACUGGAGGAGUCUACAAAGUCAGUCCUCCCCCUCGCUGCGCUGAACACGUCAAGUUGCUUUUUAGCCAAAACUCCUCAGUUGCCAUAGGUUUACAGCUCUUUGAUGUUGAAUUGUGAGUUUACAGUAAAUCCCUUCUGUUUCUCCUCCAACUUAAGUGAAACUCUUCGGGACUUUAUGGAGGGCCACGGUGCAGUGUCUCCUGGGAUCCUCACCCUGACCACUGGCCUCAGUAAACCAUUCAUGAGGCUCGACAAAUACCCCACYUUACUCAAAGAGCUGGAGAGGCACAUGGAGGAGAAUCAUGCAGACCGACCAGAUAUUCUGAAGUGYAUGGGGUCUUUCAAGAACCUUUCAGCUCAGUGCCAGGAGGUGCGAAAACGAAAGGAGCUGGAGCUGCAGAUUCUCACGGAGACCAUCCGGCUGUGGGAGGGAGAUGACAUCAAGACGUUGGGCUCGGUGAUCUACAUGAGCCAGGUGUUGGUCCAGAGUCCUAUGUCUGAGGAGAAGAAUGAGCGCUACCUCAUGCUGUUUCCUCACGUCCUCCUCAUGCUGUCUGCUAGUCCUAGGAUGAGCGGUUUCAUAUUUCAGGGAAAGCUGCCUUUGACUGGCAUGAUCGUGACCAAACUAGAAGACUGUGAAGCCCAUAAAAAUGCCUUCGAGCUAAACGGCACCCUGUUUGACCGUCUCCAGGUAGUGUGUGCAAACCAGCAGGACCUGCAGGACUGGGUGGAGCACCUGACGAGACAGAUCAAGCACAGCGCCGCCACGGCCCCCAGCCACAAACCGCUCGCUGUCCCCUGCCACACGCUCCCAUCUCAUCCUCUCACCCCGUCCCGGCAUGCUGAGAGCAGGGCCAUGACUGUGGCGCCCACCUACCACACCCUGCCUCACCCGUCCUCUCAUGGGACGACCCACAGCACAAUGACAUGGGGCCCCCUGGAGCCACCAAACACCCCCAAACCMUGGAGCCUGAGCUGCCUGCGACCCGCGCCGCCGUUACGACCCUCCGCUGCACUCUGCUACAAAGAGGAUCUCAGUAAAAGUCCUAAGAGUGUGAARAAACUCCUUCCCAAACGCAAACCUGAGAGGAAACAGUCUGAAGAGGAAUUUGCUCUAAGGAAGAGUACAGCUGCUCUGGAAGAAGACGCCCAGAUCCUGAAAGUUAKUGAGGCGUACUGCACCAGCGCCAAAACCAGGCAGACUCUGAACUCCACAUGGCAGGGCACGGACCUGAUGCACAACCACGUGCUUGCCGACAUGGACCAGUCCUGCGUGGACUCGCCGGGCCGCCGCAGCAGCGUGUCUCGGCCAGAACUGAGCUCCGACCUGUCGGAGGACUCUGACUACGACUCCAUCUGGACCAGCCACAGUUACAGGAUGGGAUCAGUGCCCCGAAAGAGCUGCAUCUCCCAUCAGAACUAGAGAAUGUGCAGCGCCGCCAGGCUGUACUGUAACGUAUAGUGCGCUUGCCUCUUUUACCGUAGAUGUAUUAAAAAAAAUAGACUUUUUUUUAUUUAUCUAUUUUUUUUUUUUUUAUUCAUUUGGGUAAUUUAUUGCUUUAAUUUAUUUUUUGACGGCUUGUCUGAUGUUUUCAGCAUUUUUCCUGUUGCCUUUCCCUUUUUUGUGCCUCCUCUCUUUCUGUAGAUGUCAUGCAGUAAGUGUUAGCUAAUAAUUAUUGUUAAUUUAUCUUGAAUGUGACCACUCUCCUUGUUUGACCAUAAAUCUGGUGGACUCUGAGUGGAGAGAAUGGGGAUUUUGGUAUGUAGUUUAGGGGAGGGGGAUUUGUGGGUGGGGCAGGUGGGGACUUACGUUUUUUCCUGUCUGAUAUUCAGAUGCAAUUCAAGAAUGAGUGUCUUCAAUUUACCAUAAAUUUGUUAUUUUUUGGCAUGUGGUUUUUGGGGUACGCAUGCUCAAACAUAGCACAGAUUGCUAAACAGGCACACACACACGCACAUACGCGCGCGCACACACACACACACACACACACACACGUCGUUAGGCACAAAUGCCUCUGCUGUCUGCAGAAUAAAGCAGUGUGCAAAUUCUGAUUCUUAACAUUUUACAUUUAGUCUUUCAUGAUUCAAUGUUUAACCAAUAUUUCAACCCUUUGGGAGAAUAAAAAUAUAUGUAAAACAAACAAAAACUACUAUAGGAACAAGCAGACUUUGUCAACUGAAUCUGUAGCCAAACAUAAAACAGUGACUCAGUCUUAUCAUUUCUUUCAUGACACUUUCCACCAGGGUACUCAGGGACAUCCUGGACAUUAAACUGACAUUAAACGCUAAAACUCAGUUUAAAUUGGUAUCCUUAAAUUCGGGACCAGUGAAUUUCUUGAUUAAUUAUCAGUGAAAUAAGACCUGCUGAGAUCUGGCACUGACGUCUGUCCUGCACAGUUUGAUCUCAUUUGGAAAACACAGAAUAACGGUCUGAAUGCAUUAAAGGCACAUUGAGACUAAGGAUUGGUUUGCAAUGAUUUGAAUACUCUUUGAAACUUUUUCUGCAUUUUUUUCACUUUGCAAUUGAUAGUAGAACAGCAUAAAUAAAUACAUUUGUUGACAUAUUAUGGUGACCAUAAGAGGUGGUCUAGGAGAUGUUAAUCUGCAUUAUUUCUGCAAUGGGAACGUUGAAGGACCACCAAGUUGUAAAUUCCCUUUAAAUGGGCAGCUUUAUGUAAAAUCAACUUUUUUGAGGUUUACGUCAAUUUCUAAUAUUCCCUCAUCAAAAGCAUGCAUGGAGUGUUGCUUUGCUUCUUUCAUGAAUGUUUAAAGAAUCCAUGAAUCUCCAUAGCAGCCAUUUAGGGAUACCUAAGCACUUGCUCUCACACAGCAUUGCCAAUCUCCUCUUUGGAGAUUUGGGUCGAGCUUUCGCCCCGCUAAGCGCACCAGUCCUGCGUUUCCCCCACUUAGCUCCUCCAGACUAGUGGCGGCAGCCAUUAGCAAACACCUGGUGGCACUGCCAAUCUGCUGAGCUCAUCAUAUGAACUACUUCUCAGUCUAUGAACGGUAAACUGACAUAAUGGAGAAAUGUGAAGACUUGCUGAAAGUGGAGUGUUGGGAAGAGUGGGAAAUUUUUAAAGAGACGGAGGCCAAUUUCAUGGCAUCAAAGUUAAUUUUUUUUUAUAUCAUGUUUGGUAUACACAGCCCUUAUAUAACAACUGAAGGAAACAUGGUUCUUUGAUUGUGCUAUAAAAUUACACUAUGUGCCUGGAAUAUACAUUAUGCUGCCCAUUUAUUUGCUGGGCUUUUACCAUCUUAAAAAGAAAAUUUAUUUAAGAAACAAAAUUAAGUAAAAUCACGAUGGUUGACUAAUUUAAAGCAGCUGAACAGGUUUUGUUGUUUUAAAAGUUUAAAUUAAUUUCUCCUUGGAAUACAUGUCUGUUAAGGAGAUGGUUAUGUCUGGACUCAGUGCAUUAGGACAACACUAGUUAAGUUUUCACUGCUUUCAAACUUCAGCAGUGGUUUUCUUCUUGCCACUUUUCUGUAAAGGACAGAUUUGUGAACUGCAAGACAUCUCAACCAAUGUUCCCACUUGAGCUGUGAAUCUCUGCAGUUCUUUCAGAUUUACAAUGAAGUCUUGAUAAAAUAUUGUAAAAUGUAUGGUUGCAAAGUGAAAAAAGAGGAAGAGCCUAAGGAGUAUGAAAACUUUUGCAACACAUUGCAUUUGAUUACCGCUUAUCUAUUAAAAUACAUCCUGAAAUUUAAUCUCUGAGCUUUAGAGAGAAGUAAUUCCAUAAAACUGAAAUUUUGUAUUUGCAGCUAAAGGUGAAGCUUGAACUGAACUUUUCUUUUGUCAUUGAUGGUAUAGCUGAUAAUAGAUGGUGUCUGUAAAUGCUGUUGUUUGAGAUUACCCUUAUAACUUUGAGUAUGAAAGUAAAAACAUAGCUUAAACCAGUCAGAACAAGAUCAUCAAGCAAACUAGCACCURUGGUGAUGCCUAAUCAACUCUCCCUACUGUUGCCAGCUUGUGAGGCUUCCCAUUCUUUCUCACAUUAAUACCUAUUUUUAUGAAGAAGUAUUUUUCCAGUAUCGUUAUGAAAAGUACAACUCUACAUCCUCUUACAGUGGGCAAAAAGAAUGACGUAUGGAAUAUAUAUAUAUGGGUCCAUGUUGCAAGUGUUUAUAAAAUGAUUUCUUUACAGUAUGUAUAAUUUUGUACACAUUUUAGUAUCCCCCCCCCCCACUUAUCUGUUGAUUUAAAAUUGUAUAUCAAUGUUUACAAAAUAAUCUCUGGAAGAAUAUUGUUCCCCAUUUCAUUUGGUUUGUAUCGGAAUUUACAAUUACUACUGAAAUGUUUUAAUUAUUUUGCACAAUCAUGUURUGGGCAAACGGGAGUGGGGGUGUGGACUCAAUGAAAUUCUGUACUAUUUAGUGUCUACYAAGACUCUGUAUAAUAUAAUCUUAAAGCUAGACUUAAGUAUUCAGUGUAAUUGUAAAGUGAAUACUCAUUUGUAGUGUAAAUGCUCACCUUCAGUGGUUGGAUGACGUUGAAGGACAAAAAAAAUAGAACAAAACAAAAGAAACAAAGGCGGAGUUAAUCUACUUCAACUUCAGAAUGCUGUUAGAGUGGACUUGGCAUAUAAAGAGCACAUAAUGUCCCCUUUUUUUGUAAAUACUAGUUGUCUUGCUGCCAGAAAAAAAAAAGAUCUAGGAAUAUGGCUGUCCUAUCAUGUGCUGAACUUUGUGACAGGUGUAUUCUGUGGUUUAACAAGUCAAACUCUUGGACAGACAGGGUGAAAAAAAAAAACUGUCUUUAACCAACAUCGUUCUCUGUCUGCUCUAAUGUUGCAUUCAAGUCACACAUCUGACCGUGUCCUUUUUCGUUUUUCUUUUUUUUUAAAGCAGCCUUCAGUGUAUUUGUUCUACACUGCUGAAGUGUUCAAAGUCCCAAAUGCUGUAUUAUGAGUUUUAAUAAAUCUAUYAGUUGAUAGAAGCUGUCGUUCUGUUGCUUCGUGGAGCCGAUCUGAUUGUGUCCGAAAGCUUUCGCUAACUUUUCAUGCCUUUUACUUUCUUCUGAGUCUUGUUUUUCUGUCGUGACUAACACACCUAGUACUAACCUCCUGUCUGUACCUACAAUAAAAAGUCCACACUGCCUUUA